AUUUCCGAAAAACCGUAUAAAUUCAUCCACGUGACCCUUGAUUUUUUCAUGCAUUCCAUUUCCAGCGUCCUGUUUCACAGGCAUCUUCUGCAACACUGAAGUGAUAAAAAAAUAACUGAGAAAAAGCUUUAAGAAAAUGAGAAUGGAGUCCAUUUAUUCAACCAACCAUCACCAAGCAUAGAAGAACAAGUUACCACCCUUAAAACCCAGUUCAAAUAAGUUCUUCUUCUGAGAAAGAGGGAGAAGAAGUAUGGAAUUCCCUCAUAACCAGCAUGAUCACCAUGCCCGCCACCACCGCCACCACAGCAAACCAGAGGAAGACCAGUCUCCUGGCCAGCAUUUUCCAUACCCUCGUCCAUCUUCAACCCCAUUUUAUCUGCCUCCACCAGACCAAUCUUUUUCUCACCAUGAAAGUUCAUACCCAUCUUCCUAUGUUGCUCCCCAUCAUGGCCAUGACCGCGGUCAUGGCCAUCCUCAUGGCACUGCAAUUUUCCCAUCAGUUCAGCCCUCCUUUUUCCUUCCUCAGGGACGUGAAGUUAGGGUUUUCUGCAAGGCUGGGAAUGGCUUCUCUCUCACCAUUAGAGAUGGCUCUGUUGUUUUGGCUCCCUAUGAUCCAAGUGAUAAAUUCCAGCAUUGGAUCAAAGAUGAGAAAUACUGCACAAGAGUGAAGGAUGAAGAGUCCUUUCCUUCUUUCGCUCUGGUGAAUAUGGCAACUGGUCUAGCCCUGCAACAUUCCAUUGGAGGAACUCAACCUGUUCGCCUCAUUCCAUAUCCAACUGAUAAGCUUGACAUGUCGAUUCUAUGGACUUUGAGCAAGGACUUAGGUGACGGUUUCAGAACGAUCAGAAUGGUGGACAAUAUCUGCCUAAAUUUGGAUGCUUUCCAUGGUGACAAAAACCAUGGAGGAGUUCAUGAUGGCACAGUUGCUGUACUGUGGGAGUGGACGAAAGGUGACAAUCAGCGCUGGAAGCUUUAUCCAUACUGAUAUCCAUGGAGACUGUGAAACUCUUGAGCUCUUCCUCGAUACGGAUGUUUAUGGCUACUAGAUGUUUCAUCAGGGCUUCUCUUUGAUGUUUCGUUUGCUGCUUGAUGUGUGCUUGAGUAAUAAACAACAAUGUUUCCCUUUCUAAACUCUAUAUUUAGGUGUGUGCUUCUAAAAGCUUUACUUGCUUGUUUAUGUAAUACAGAGGCCCUCUCUGCUCUUCCUUUGGCAAGAUUAGAUUGGUGCACCUCUUAAGAACUAUGUUACACUCUUUGGUAAACUGUUAAUGGCCGAGUACCUUAGCUGA